AUUAAAUUGGUACUGAGUCAUCUAUAUUUCAACUUUUUAUUAUUCUUAUUUGCUAACAAGCACAGACUUCCUUAUUAAAAUUCUAAUCUGUCUGAUCUGAAAAGUGGUUAGAUAUGGUUACUAAAAAUAUACACAAUGCCAUGGGAGUUACCAUGGAUGGCAAAAAUGGGCUUGAAGGAAAAUUCUCCGCCCAUAACUUGCCGAAAACCGCAAAGAAUGAAUGGGUGAUAUGCAGGGUGUUCCAAAAGAGUGCUGGAGGGAAGAAGAUCCCGAUUUCGAGUCUAAUCCGAAUUGGUUCACUCGGAACCGACUUUAACCCUUCGCUUUUGCCCUCUUUAACCGAUUCUUCGCCUUACAAUGACAAAACCAAGACAGAACCCGUCUACGUGCCCUGCUUCUCCAACCAAACGGAUCAAAACCAAGGAACCACACUCAAUUGCUUCAGCAGCCCUGUUCUUAACUCGAUCCAAGCCGACAUUUUCCACAGGAUUCCACUCUAUCAAACUCAAUCCCUCCAUGUUUCCACGAAUCUACAGAGCCCGAUUCUCACGCAAGAACACUCAGUUCUACAUGCUAUGAUCGAGAACAACAGAAGACAGAGUCUCAAAACGAUGAGUGUCUCACAAGAAACCGGAAUUUCGACUGACAUGAACACUGAUAUCUCAUCGGAUUUUGAAUUCGGUAAGAGACGAUUUGAUUCUCAAGAAGAUCCAUCUUCCUCCACUGGACCAGUUGAUCUUGAACCUUUCUGGAAUUACUGAAGAAGAUUCAAGAGUCGCAUGUCCAUUAAUUUACUGUCAAAGAAAGUAAGAAAACUUUUUUCACCUU